AAACCCACCAUCAUUGGAUCAAAAGAAGCAGAACUCUCUCUCUCUCUCUCCCGUCUCCCGCUUCUGCGUACGUGUAUGUAAGAGGUCGGUAGUUUUGUCCUGGAUGAAGUAGAGAAAGAGAAGGGGAGAAAGCGGCAGAAGCAGCGUAGAGGAGAGGAAAGGAGGGGACCCAUCAUAGACAAACGUCAUUUCAAGGAAUAAGCCAUAGCAGUCAUCGUCCCCACAUUGAAAACAAACGCUUCGCCCGUCCCGACCCCUGAUUGCAGUUUGGAAGGAUUGGGCGUCUCACUCCCACCCGCCACCCCUCCCCCCACCUCUUGUCGGCUUACACGACGUUCAACGAUUCCUUUUAGAACACGUCUUCUUCUUCACCUUAUUCCACUAAGAACUUCUCUCUCUCUCUCUCUCUCUCUCUCUCGUCCUGCAUAUCCUUCUCACGGUUCUUUCUCUUCCUCCCUCUACACACACAAGUAGGCAAGGAUUACAACGAGCAAGAUCAGAAAAAAGAAACGAAAAUAAUGGUGAUAACAUCCUCACAGCUUUGCGUGGACUCCUCUCAGUGGCCACAGAUUCAGGAGAGGGGCUUGAUGCCAUCGCCAUCUUCUUCCUCGUCCUCCAGGGUCAUGGAACAGGCAGCAGGUAUUAAAAACCCAGCUGAUUCUGCCCUCAAGUGCCCCAGAUGUGAUUCCUCAAACACCAAGUUCUGCUACUACAACAACUACAGCCUCUCCCAGCCCAGACACUUCUGCAAGACAUGCAAGCGUUAUUGGACCAGAGGGGGAACGCUGAGGAAUGUUCCUGUGGGUGGUGGCUGCAGGAAGAACAAACGGGUGAAGAGAACCACGACCUUUGACCAUGGCGGCCCUUCUUCUCAUCUCAAGACCACAGCACUGGUGCCAUCAAAUGCAACAUCUUCUUCCCAACCAACCCUACCACCAACACCACCACUCUCAUCCUUGCCCACUAGCACUUCUGCAACAGCCACCACAACCAGCAGUCCUCUCCAAAACCCAACUUUUCUUAACCAUGAAUUUCAUAUCAACAGCUCUCUUGUGUCAUCGCUAAAGUCUGUUCUCUCUUCUGGGGCAGGCUUUCCUGCAAAGGAGAACGCCCUUGAGUGCAAUUUCCUGCAGGAUCACAAUGGGUUUAGCGGCAUAAGUCAAAUUUCUGGGGCAUCUUCUCUAUUCCCAACCACGUUUUCUCAUCUGGGUCAGCCUCUUGAUGGCCUCAGCGGUAAUUUCUCAAGCAGUAUUCUGUCAGAAGGUCCAUGGAGACAUGUCCAACAGCAGAAUUUUUUUCUACCGCUGGAGGAAUUGAGCAACAGUGGCACUCAACCAAAGGUGAGUGAAGAAAAUUUGAGAAAUUUGAGCGUGAAGAUCGAGGAGGACGGCAAGCGCAUGGGUCACUUAGAGUGGCAUGUAUCGAAUCAGGCCAUGUUUGGGACCAAUAACAAUGAACCAUCUCUUUAUUGGAACCCAAGCGUUGGGUCAUGGCCUGAUGUUACAAAUUAUGGGUCAAGUAUAGCUUCUUUGAUGUAGGAAUGAAGUUGGGGGCGAGAGGAGAAGAAGAAGAAAGAUAAACAUAACCACGUUGAGUUACUUACAAACUAUGGACCCUUUUGGUGUGGCUUUCUUCAGUCCAUCUCCCUCCUUUUUCUAGUCGAUCUUUUUGGUGUUUUCUUUUUCAUGAAAACUUUCUUUAGGUAUAGAGAGGUUUUAAGGAUGGUGUUGUUCUAGAUUCUGUGUGAAAGUGAGUCCAAAUAUUACUGUCAAAAGAAAGCUAAAGAAGAAAAGACGGGUGAAGCCUGGAUCGGAGCGCUCAUGUCAGCUGCAAUUUGUUGGAGAUUUGCACUGAGAGGAACCUCGGAUCCUUUUCUGCUGGUGGAUUUGGAACGUUCAGUUAGAGGAAGAAGAUUGAGGAAGAUUGGUUUGUCUAAUUCUUGAUCAUUUUCUUUCCUUUGAUCUCCAUCGACUAUGUUUCUUUGUACAUAAACUUGUGCCUGACAUAUUCCUUUUUAAAUUUGUAUCGGGACAAUGUUGUCGUUGGUUUUCUUGGUGUUGGUGGAGUGAGGCUAAUGUUUAGUCUCAACCUCAGUCAGUCUUACUGAUGUAUCAUGAGAAGAUUUGGAAUAAGAUCUUUCUUUCAUGCCAUGAAGAGAA